GAGGAGAACUCACUCUCUACUCGCUGCUCAGCGCUCGCGAGGGAAGGCAGUUCGGAGCCGCGCUUAGCAUUUGUUCCUGGUUAUGAAACCCGUGCCCGCUGAUCUUUUAUGUUGCUGUUGAUAGACAGAGUCUCAGCAUUACACGAUUCUGCUGUUGCCCCACCUACUCCUCCAGAGUCAAGUUUGACGCUUGGUUGUACUACGACUGUGAUAAUUAACCCGAACGAUUCAACCCCUUACUGUGGCUGCUUCUUCUGUGAAGGCAAGAUGGCCUCGGUUCCUUAUACGUUGCAAAUGACGAAGGCCAUGAAGAAGAAUCAGAAGGCGGCCAACAAAGGGAUGAAACAAGGCCAGUUCUACGACUCAUGUAUGGGUGGCGAGAACCCGACUCGAUACAGCAGCAAGAUGAUGAACAGCAUCUGGGGACAAUACAACGAGCGAUCGGUCCACAACUUCAAGUCCCUUCAGUGCGGAGGCCUUGUUCCCUCUGAGGUCCAAGACUCCCAGAGCCUGCAGCAACAAUCUCAGCAGCAGCAGCAGCAAAUGCAGCAAAUGCAGCAAAUGCAGCAAAUGCAGCAGCAGAUGCAGGCUGGAACUGAGCGGAGCGUCUUCCACCAGUUCUUCGGGGAGCUUGGACAAGCAGUGGCCAGCAAUUUCAUGGACAACAUGCAUCAAUAUUAGCAGUCGUUCCAACAUCUUGCUGGCCACCUUCGAUUCCCUAACCACCACCAAGGGAAUCGUUAGCAACUGCUGCAGCUACAACAACAACAACAGCAGCAGUUGCUCGUGGGUCUGGACUGACUGGAGCCGAAACAACAACAGCGCAGAAACCGCCAUUUGCUUUCACCAUCUCUCUCUCGGCUUUCUUCUCGUUCGCCUUCUAAAGUCACAUCGGUCAAUCGCUCCACAAAGGACGAGUCUCUCAUUACCAAAACCUCGUUACUUGCAAAUUAUCCAUGGCUUCAAAAACUACAGUAUCUCUUAUUUUUCGAGCUGGAUUAUUUCUUUCCCUCACACACUCCAUUU